UCUCUCUCUCUCUCUUAAAAAUUAACAUAAUUAUGGGCUUGGAGUUGCACUUUUGUUUUGAUAUGGAAUCAACUAAUUAGCACCAAAAGGAAUGCAGCUGAGGUACACAGGAAUUAUACUAAAAAAUGAGCGGGUUAAAGAGACAGCUAGGAUUACCUCUUGCAAUACAGAGCAUCUCUUAUAAAAAUAAAAUAAAAUACAGAGCAUCUAAAAACUUAUGGAAAGAAAUAGGAGAGAACUCCAACCUGGAAAAGUAACCACAAAUAAAUUUAGUGGAAGUGCAUAAAAUGCACAUAAAAAUGCCUUACAUGAAACUCACACUGCUUGAGUUGGAAUAACAAUCCUUGCAUAAAAACACAAGAUGCAUUUCUUGGAUCAUAUUUUUGGCCAUCCCUAAUUGGGUGCUAAUAUGUACAAAUAUUGUUUGAUUAUCGGAUCUGUGAAACCACGGAUCUGAUAACAAGUAUGACAUGUACUCUUGUUUGAGAUUCAGGCUUUACAAUCUGUUUGAUUAGUUUCUCGAGCGAAAAGAUUUGGGAUGUUUUCUAUAUUCCCUUAGAAUAAAAGAGAAGAAUAGAUUUUGCUUUUCUGGCAAAAUUUUGAGCAUUGAUUUUUUUGGUAGGUCAUCUUCCAAACAAUACAAAUGAGCAGUAAGUUCAUAUUGACCCCUUUUCAUCCAUGAAUGGAAUCUCUCGCUUCUGUGAAACUGAGUAUCCCUGGGGGAAGAUGGAAACUAGCUUCCCAUGAUACAAGAUUCUUCCUUACAGUACUACGUCUAGAUUGGUAUUUUGUGGGGUUUGUCCACCUUAGUGAUUCAUUGUUUGUGGAAAUUGAAAUUGGGCAGUCGGUGGUUGUGGAUGAUCCUGAUGGGCCUUUCACUGUCAAGGCUUUUGAUGCCAACCACUGCCCUGCUAAAUACAGAUUUGAGGUCCCUACUGGAAGCAGAAGAAUAAACAGUAUGUUCAUCUGUAACAACAUAUCUGUGGUCUCAGGUGAUGAAGAUGUACCACUAAAUUGUAUCCUUAACUGUUUUGCUAGUUCCAUUCCUUGAAUUAGUUCACUAAUCAGUGUCUUUUGCUCCCAGCUCCAACCAUUCUCCAUCUUUUAUAAUGCUGUCAAUAGGGACUACAAGGACAAGCAAUAGUCUAUACAGUGUAGAAGUGAUCUGCUAGCACAUUUGAUUUCUGAGUAAGCUUAUUGAUAAGUGUUUUGCUAGUUGAUACCAGAAACAAUGACUAGCAUGCUUCUAGAUUGGAUACGUGUUGUCAAUAAGCAAAAGCUUUCCACUAAAAGUAGAAGCCAGAGGAACAUGGAAGAUCCAAAUGGUGAAAGAUAAGAGUGGCGUAAAGAGUAGCUUUGUUUGAUGCUGUAUGCUGAGAGAGUAGAGAGAGAAGCUCUAAGUUAUUGCAUUUGAAGGAGUCAGUGAAGCCCUUGCAUUUAUAGGAAGCACUUUUGGGUUGAGAAAAAUAUUUAACUGUCAUAUCAAAGCCUAAAAGCAUUCUCUAUGGACUUUGAUUCUAGUUGUGAUUUAAUUUAGUAUAUGAGAAAACAUGCGGCCAGGAGCUGGCGUAAAAGGACAGAUUUACGCCACCAAUCAAUGUUU